UCAAAGGAGAGUGUGGGGGUGACAUGGGUGACACACAGCCACAUUUCUCACCACACAUGGUUGUCAGCAAAGAUGGAGGAGAAAGACAGGAGACUUAUUCAGUGGAAAAAUAUGUACAACACCUCCAAGACUCCCUUGAUAUCCUUUACGCAGAGCUCCCUCGGGCCUUUGUCAACGUGGUAGAGAUAAUGGAGCUCACUGGGCUGCGUCAGAUAGAAUGGGAAGCAUCCGGAUGUGUUCUUUCAGGGAUAAGCCUAUGUCCAUGCUUUCUAAACCCUCAGGCAAAUCCCUUCGAACUGCAAGAAAUGCAAAGAGUGAACAGAGACUUCCAGGAGAGAAGCACAAUGAUGAUCAAUGGUGGUCGCUAUGACAAGCGGGAAGAUUUUGCCAUUGUUGUGCAGCCAUUUCUCCGAAAUACCAACAUGCCACUGGACAGAGAUGGGAAACCAGAUCUGAGUUUCUUCGCUGUGGACUGCUUCCAUUUCUCUGCAAGAGGCUAUGCCAGCAUGGCCACGGCACUCUGGAAUAACAUGCUGGAGCCAGUUGGACAGAAGCGGUCCUACAAUAACUUUACUUAUGAAAGGUCAACGCUCACAUGUCCAACCUCAGAACACCCUUUUCUUUUCACAUCAAAGAACAGUGGAUGGCAGAGUUCAGGAAGCCCGUCAGAGAACAACGGAGCUGUGGUCCCUUACUGGGCUGUGAUUGUGGCAGUAACAGCUGGAAUCUUGGCAGGCUCCCUGAUGGUUUGGGUUUUGAUGGCUCCACGAGCCCGCAAACACCCACAGGCAGGCAAUGCAGCAACUGCAGAGAAAUCAUCAUCAUUUUAAAUUUGCACCUGCACCAAGGAGACCUAGCAUAAUAUCUUCCUCCGGUGACAUGAGGAGAGCUUAGCUGCAGCUUUACGUAGGCUAUUUUUAAGUCAAAUGUUUCCAUCUGAAAGUAGAAGAGACAUCAGUCCAUGCCUACCACCCCAGACUUCUCAGAAACUGAUGACAGACCAGAGAUGAAAGUAUGUGAUUAUAUAUAAGGACAUUAUACCUCAAAAACUAAAGCAAGAAAAUUUCAAAUUUAUCAGCAUUAUUUGAUUACAAAUAAGAUAUUCCUACUAUAAUGGAAAU